UUGCUUUCAGGACAACUUAUUGAUUUCCUAAAUAUUCUCAAAUUUGGAGAUGAACAAGAGAUAAAGAAAAUCCCAAGUGCCUCAUUAAAUGUCUCCUAUUUUUCAUUAUUGUUUAUUACCACUGGAUCUUCUUUGAUCGCCAUCUUUCAUAUAGUCGUUUCAUCGGCCGUGAUGUAUUGGGCCGCCAGGUCUUUGGCCACAGGGAAUAAAUCCAGAAUCGAUGCCGGCUUUGAGUUGGUGCUCUCAUCGUUUGCCCUCGUCAUUUCACUGGUAUUAUUUGCUGGUCUAAGAUGUGAGAGUCGCCGUGUGAUUACUGUAUAUAUCGUGGUUGCCAUAAGUCUUCUAUUCAUACUUUUUCUUGCCUUAAUAAUGGGAUUAAAGGCUGGAAUUCUUGACGAUGCCGAUCAUAACGGCUACAAAACCAUUGAGGAGGAGAUGCUGAUUGUAGUCGAGAUAUUGUGCUCAUUUGCUUUGGUCGCACUAGAAGUGUGGUUUUUGACGGUGGUGCUACGCUCCUAUCGCUUUAUCACCCAUAAACGUCAAUAUUUCGGUGUUGAUCGAGAGGAAAACCUUUAA